AAAAUCAUUGAAACAUGUUGCUCGCAUCUAAAAUGUUCUAGUCAGGUCAAUUCAGAAUUGGCAAUGCUGAUGGAAAUCUACCGAAGGGCCCUGUUCAAAUUCCAUGAACUUAUAAAGAGUAACCAGCAUAGCGAGAUAAAUAAAAAUUUUAGGGGUUUUGUCAUCGAACAUCUUUAUCACCUGAGUAGUAUCUGUGACGACUCUCACAGAUCUGAUCAAAAAAUUUAUUUAAAUUUAUUGAUUGAUUUGUAUGGUAACUUGGAUAAAAAUACCGAAGUGUAUGCGGAAAUUAUUACCUUGCUUUCUUUUGCUGAACGAAAUGCCUCAAACUACUCUCGGCAUUUAGAACUUCUCCAAGAGGCUCAUAUCAUCAAAUCUCGUUUAUACGAGAGCGAUAGUCCUUUCCUGGCAAUGAGCUUACUUAAUCUCGCUCGCGCAUUUGGAGAUAUCAAAAAUACUGCUAAACAAAGGGAGUAUAGCGCAAAGGGUUUGGAAAUAUUAAAAAAAGAUUACGAUUCAAAUUAUGAUGUCUUAACGUCUGAAGAGAAAACUAAAAAAGAAGUAGAUAUAGUCAAUGCCAUGAUGAACUUUGCGACAGGACAUGUAUGGUUUAACAAUUCUCUUUUCGUGAAAUUACUCGAAGAGUGCCUGGAUUUUUAUAACAGUCAUAGCCUCAAUAGACCUGAUGUUAAAGAAGUCAUAUUGUCGAAAUUAAUUAAUGCUUAUAUUACUCAGAAUCCUGACAAGGCCCUGGAAAUAUAUCAGCAGUGGGAAUCUUUGCAAGGAGAACAUUAUCAGGAAGGGACUCAGGCAUAUGCCUUUAAUGUUGGACUAGUUUUGACAAAUACAGGAAUGGCGCUCUCAAAGAAGUCCAUUAACACUGUGUUGAAUAUGUUUGAUUCGACUGAUAUUUCAGAUGAAACAGUCAGUAACGCUAAAAGACUAAAUUUGCAGGCACGUCAGAUUGCCGAGAAGGCUAUUCGUUUGCUUGCAGCCUUUUAUCCAAAUAAUCAUUACAUAUUUAAGCAGGCAUCAGACGCGUUAACCGGCACUGGAAACGUGGAAAACAUUUUGCGCUCGAUUCAGAAGUCGAUUGAAGGUGUUAGGUUGUUUCGUAAUGGAAACCUUGACCAGGGAAAAAUUAUUUUCCAGGAAAUUUUUGAAGAAACUUUCAAUCAAGAAAUGAAGGGUGCUGCGUUAGCAGGAAUAGCUAAAAUUGAAUUUAUUCAGUUCAAACAAAAGGGAAAUAUGACUAACAAGAUGAAGGAGGAAAUUUUUAAGAAAUAUCAAAACGCUAUUACUAUUUAUGACUCAGCUAAUGUGCGUUUAAGUCUUGCCAUUGCUUACUUUGUUAAUGAUUAUCACGAACAAGCAAUUAUUCAUGCUGAAAAUGCAAUACAAAGAUUGCCAGUGAGUUCAAUCGUCAACGAAUCUUUUGAAAAAUCGGAAAUUCCUGUUCUACCUAUAAUACUCCAGAUGUUAUUAAAGGAAAAUGAUAAAAUAAAAGACAUUCCCAUUAAAUUUUUAGCGAGAUAUAUUAUAAUAACUAGCGCAAGCGUUUUAGGACAUACUCAAAAUGAAAUGCGGAACUUGGAAGAAUUUUCUCUGCUAUUAUCAUCUGAUGAAACCGCCAUACCAUACCUUUUACUUGGGUUUUGCUAUCAGAGAAAGGGAGAUUGGAGAUUAGCAUUGGAAACAUUCAGUGAAGCGUGUCAAAGACAACCAUAUUUUAACCUAAGUCAAAUCAGUUUCGUAUUAUCACAAUUCUGUAAUAAAUUCUUGGACAAGAUGGACCCGAUGGAUCUGAACAUAUUUAGAGAGAUCAGGUUGACUAAUGCAAUUAUAUUGAAUUCAAAUCUAUUGCAACAACUAAUUUUUUUCAUAAAUCUUGAUACGCCAAUAGACCUCGAAGAUAUAAAAUGUUUUGUCAAAAAAUUAAAUAUAUUGUAA